AGAGUAACUUCAGAUACAGAUUUCUUAACUGGACGAACAGCAGUACUUUUCAGGAUGCUGUGGAGAGCUGUUGUGUUACUGGCGACCACCGUGGUGGUGAUCUCCAGCGAGAAGGUGCGCUACGACAAGUACCGCGUGUACCGGGUACAUACAGCCGACGACGAGCAGCUGCGCUUCUUGGCCAGCUUCGCCAAGUACCACAACGACAUUCAGUUCUGGAAGGAACCCAGAGUCGUGAACAAACCUGCAGACGUGAUGGUGUCGCCGGAGAUGCAAACUAGUUUCCUGGAAGGCCUCGAAGCGAAUGGAAUCCAAGCGACCGUCUACGUGGACAACGUGCAGACACUUAUCGACAAUGAGAGAGGAGUCCGGAGACAGGGAGAAUCCUUUGGUUGGGAGGACUACUACACGCUCGAAGAGAUCCACGGAUGGCUGAACUCUCUAUCAGAGACAUACCCAGACGUUGUGACGCCGAUAGUUGGAGGAUCCAGUUAUGAAGGCCGAGAGAUCCUUGGUGUGAACAUCACCUUCGCACCAGGCAACCCCGUCGUUGUCGUUGAGGGAGGCAUCCAUGCUGGUGAGUGGAUUGGACCCGCCACCGCUACGUGGAUCAUCAAUCAGAUACUGACCACCAAUGACUCGGCCGUAAGGGACACCGUGAGGCAGUUUAACUUUUACGUCUUCCCUAACCUCAACCCUGAUGGAUACGUAUACACUUGGACCACGGAUCGCAACUGGCGCGGGACUCGCACCCCAUACACGCCGUGCUACGGGGCUGACCCGAAUCGUAACUGGGACUUCCACUGGGGAGAAGAAGGUGCCAGCUCCACGGUGUGUUCAUCGGACUUCGCCGGUCCAGAACCCUUCUCCGAGGUUGAAACGAGGACCUUCUCAGAGUUUUUGGCGAGUCUGGGCGACGACUUCCAGGUCUACCUAGACUUCCACAGUUACGGACAGAUGCUCAUGUUCCCUUAUGGCUUAUACAGCGUGACAGCACCGAACUACGACGACCUGCUUGUAAUAACCACUAAAGCUGUGGAAGCUCUGACUGCUAGAUACGGGACGCAGUACACAUUCGGGAGCAUUGUGGAUACUAUCUAUGCGGCGGCGGGCUCCAGCCUCGAUUGGGUGAUGGGCGUGCUGGGCAAGCGUUUCGUCUUCGUUUGGGAACUGCGCGACAAGGGGCAGUAUGGCGGGCUGCUGCCAGCUGAGCAGAUCAUCCCCAACAGCGAAGAGACCUUCGACAGCAUCUUGUCCAUCCUACGUGAUGUGCUCGCCCGGAUCGAGAGCAGCCGUUCAUAAAAUAACUGGGAAUUUUAUCAUAAUUAUUGCACAGUAAAUUACAUUUAAUAGACAGUCAGUUAUAAACAUUUCUGAUAACCUUAUUCUUACAAGACAUGGUCCGAUGUCAGAAAACCAAAAAGCUGAAAUUGAAGGUAACUUAAAUGUAAGUUAGUUUCAUGUACCAUUUUGCAUGUAAAUUGUAACGAUGUGGAAUGAGUCAUUUUACAUUCACAUUGCAGAUUGAUUUAUAAAUAUGGCUACAUGCUUAACAUUUAGAAUUUUUUUAAUGUGCAGAUAUGAGUCAGUAAUUCCUAACUGUCACCUUUUAUACAUUACAAUAAUACAGAUUAUUCUACAGAUUAGGAGUUAACAAGGAGAAAAUUUUUCAGUUUGUUUUGACUUUUUAAAAUUUCUGUCUGUUACACAAUUUAUAUAACUGGGUAGGCGACCAAAACUGCUAGUUUCAGUAUUGUGCACACAUUUUUGUUCUAAAGGAAACCUCAAUGUUCAGUAAUGAAUGUCUUUCUUCUUCUCAUAUUGUAAUUAUGUACAUCAUUGUUCCUUUUGAACUGUAGUGGACUAUUUGCAACAAACUUGACGAGGGAACAAAUGUACAGUGAAGCAAUACUCAGAAUAUCCAAAUGCUUAAACAUAGGUCAACAAGAUGAUCGUCAGUGAGCAGCACAUAUCAUUCUUGCAGCAUAUUUUUUAGCAAUGAUGGCUUUCAUUCAUAAAGAUGAGUUACCCCAGAACAUUAUUUCAUAUAACAUUACUAAAUGAAAAUAUGCAAAAUAUGUCAAAUCAAUAAUUUGUCUCUCCCCAAGAUUUGCAGUGAUGCUAAUGUGGCUGAAUUAAAUUGUUUUAUGUGUUCCAAAA